GCCAUGACAAGUAGUGCAGUCGCCGGGACGAGUCGAUUGUAAAAAGGCAAAGGGCUAUCAUCGUUUAUUACAGGGUUGUUCUGGAUACCUCGAGUACAGGUCCCACACUAAACGGUGACACGGAUCUGUAGCAGCGUAACCGGCAAGAUGUUGACGAGAUCACCUUUAAAUCACUUGGUUAGCGCUUGCCUUUUGCUAACUGCCAUUAGCAUAGCAAAUUGCCAACGCUGCGAAAUAUCAAAGUUAGACGAUGACUUAACAACUUUUGAUAUUAUCCGGGCGUUUGGCAUGGAUGGCGAAUUGAAAGGCGUCAAGAAAUUAAAUCGAGGCUCAAAUGAAUUCCAAACGUCUUACAAAAUCGAGAGAAAGGCAAACCUGACGACAACAACUAGAACCUUGUUUCCUGAGGGAUUCCCAUCUUCAUUCACGUUCAUAUCGACUUUCAAAAUUCCAAAACCAGAAGAUUCAGAUGAUCCAUAUACCGACUGGAUGCUAUUCCAGGUUAGAAAGCCUAACAAGCAAUACCAGUUUGCAAUGCGUCUCCUCUUAACACUGAAAACACUGCAGAUCAUAUAUACCACAGAAGAGGAACCAGAAAAUAUCAAGUACCUGACGUUCAGUAGUAAAAGGGCUGAGACUUCCCGACAAGAGAAAAUUGUCCACGAGGCGGAUAUUGCUGAUUUAUUCGACUUUAAAUGGCACAAGUUACACCUGAGUGUGGACGAGCGAGAAAAGGCCAUUACAGUGUACGUAGAUUGUAUAUCUAUCGCUAAAGGCAGUUACGAGGGCACAUUGAACAGUGACGUCAGUGGAUCAGUCAGUAUUGGCAAGAAUACUGAAGACGAGGAACAAGUGGAGUUGUUGCUUCAAUGGAUGAUGAUGCAUUGCAACCCGAAGUUUCACCCAGGAGUAGGAGGACGAGACAACUGCAACGAACUGGUAGACAAGAUUCUAACUGUAGAGCAAAGUGAUGAGCCGUGUCCUGACCAAUGUCCGGCUGGUCCACCGGGGCCUCCUGGUGCACAAGGUUUCAGAGGACCAACAGGCCCAUCGGGUGAAAGAGGCGACCCAGGUUUAUCUGGCACCCCCGGCCCACAAGGUUCCAGAGGACCAAGGGGUCCAGCUGGAGCACCUGGAGUCAGAGGAGAUACGGGUUAUGACGGAAUUAAUGGUGUUGAUGGAGAAAAGGGUGAAGCUGGUCCACCCGGCGCCCCAGGACAACCAGGAGCCCCAGGUGUUCUCCCAACUAUUGACGAACUGAUCCAAACUGGGUUGAAAGGUGACAUGGGACCCAUUGGUCUUCCGGGAUUGAACGGAUUGCCGGGUGCAAGAGGAGAUCAAGGAAUUCAAGGAGCAGAAGGAAAACCAGGAAUACCAGGUAAACCGGGCACACCUGGACCAGUAGGAUCCAGAGGGCCAGCGGGAUUACCAGGGGCAGAAGGGAGACAAGGACCACCGGGACCUCCAGGAAGUGUAAUUGGACCAGAUGCAUUGGCUGCGCUAGCAGAAAACUCGGAUGGAGUUCUGACCGGUGUUGCUGGCCCAAGAGGUUAUCCAGGUCCACAAGGCCCACAGGGUGAUCCAGGCCCAAUGGGUAAUGAAGGAGCUGUAGGUGAAAGAGGUCCAAAGGGUGACCGUGGACCAAGAGGUUCACAGGGUGAGCAAGGACAGGGUGGCUUGAGGGGACCGGCAGGAGUACAAGGAGUAAGAGGAUCUCGUGGUGAUAAAGGAGAAGCGGGACCAGUUGGAGCCCCUGGACCUCAAGGGCAACCUGGACCUCCAGGACCACAAGGCCUUCAAGGGCCUCGAGGCGAACAGGGUAGCCGUGGUGAACGUGGCUUACAGGGAAGCGAUGGACCAACUGGUCCACCCGGAGUAGCAGGAGCUAAAGGCGAUAGGGGUGCACAAGGUGAGCGCGGUGUUCAAGGAGCACAAGGAGUGCAGGGUGAGGUGGGAAAGACUGGUGCGACCGGUGAGAGAGGUCCAGUUGGACCGACAGGUGAACAGGGUGAAAGGGGAGCAAGAGGAUUCCGAGGUCCAGAGGGACAGAAAGGAGAUGCGGGCUCAAGGGGACCACAGGGUUUCACUGGACGACAAGGAAAACAAGGGCAACAGGGACCGGCUGGUGAAAUGGGAAUCGUAGGUCCGGACGGUCCAACAGGACCACGAGGAGCACCAGGCCUUCGCGGUCCGGUUGGUAUCAAAGGUGAAGUUGGGUCUCCAGGUUCAGCUGGUGUGUUAGGUGCACCUGGUUUCCCCGGAGCCCCAGGUGAGAAAGGUGAUACCGGUUUCCAAGGCAACAGAGGACCAUUAGGACCAAAGGGUGAUCCAGGUGUCCCGGGUAGAACACCAUCAGAAGGCGAACUAACAAGAAUGAUUGAAAGAAUUUUACAAGAUCGCUUAGAAAUUAUUGAAUCAAGAUUAAGACAACCUGCACCAAUCAUGUCAGAAGAGGGUCCACCAGGGCCACCCGGUCGUCCAGGACCUCCAGGAAUGACUGGCCAACCAGGACCGCCGGGCCAGAGAGGAACACAAGGACCAAUCGGUCUACCUGGUAUUCGUGGACCAUCUGGAUUUCCAGGGCAGACAGGUCCAAGAGGAGACACGAGUGACGUAGUUGUACCAGCAGCGCUAAGUGCUUCAGGGGCACCCGGACCACCCGGGCCACCAGGUCCACCAGGUAGAGACGGAAUUGGACGUCCAGGUGAAGAUGGACGUCGUGGACCUCCUGGGCCAGUUGGACAAAGAGGUCCUAUUGGACCAAGAGGACCGGAAGGCUCGCCCGGCUACUGUCGCUAUUGUUCGUACGGACCAGCCAACUUAGCAGCGUAUUAUCCUUACAGUGUUAACGUUAAAGGAUAACAGCGCAAAUGAUGGUCUACAUAUUCAGGACAUAAUGAUAAAAUAAAUAAUAAUCAGUACUCAUUCAAAAUAAUUAAUUCAAUCUAAAUGCUUAUGCACCAAAAGAUAUUUGCAGGAAUCCGCUGCUUAUUAUUUUUUUUAAUGCAGUGAUUUGUAAUUUUAUCCGUUAGUAUUACUCUUGAUUUUUUGGAUUCACAUUAAUACAACAUAUAUAUAAUAUUUUUGGAAACUAUAAUAACUGCGAGUUAUGUAGUAUAAUGCAUGUAGAUGAUUAAAGAGGGCCGUUAUUAUAUUUGAAAAAGAGUUACAUUGCUGAAGCUUGUCUGGUGUAAUCUGUAGGGUUGUUAUCUUUAGGAAUUGUAGAUAUUAGCAUAAGUUUUGAUAAACUGAUUAAAUGAAUACAAAAUUUGAUUUGAAUUUCAGUUAAAUAUGUCUAAUUCACAGACAGUUUUAUAAUCGUAUAACGAAAACAAAUCUUUAAAAAAUAUAUUAGUUUAGAAGACUAGAUAAUAAUGUAGAGACAUUAGCGCCCUCAGUAUUCUUUCAAUUCUGUUACUUAAAUAUUCGGUAGAUAUUGUAGCUGUUGAAAUUAUAAGUUUUAAAACAAUACAAUUUAUGCUGCUUCUUUGUCGUUGCUUUCUUAUGUAAACUUGAUUAUUAUGCUCUAUGCUAAAUUGAAUUCACAAACAAUAAAUUUACUGAAAAAUUCA